AUGAGAGGUUCCCAUGAGCUCUACUUCAAGUGGGCUAAGGACCAAGAGAUCCAACACAUCGUUUUUAUCCUUUCGGAGAAGGAUAGCCGCGGGCUAUAUCAGAAGAUCAAGACCCUCGGAGACUGCGUUUUUGGCAUACAUACAACCGUCACCACCAUUAAGCACAUGCAGAAGGAGUACAAUCCCAUGUACUGGGCAAACGUCGGCCUUAAGAUCACCCUGAAAACUGGUGGUGCCAAUCACAAUCUCCGAGAUGAAGCGAGGAGCUUGAAAGACGGCAAUAUGAUGAUUGCGGGGUACGAUGUGACCCAUCCUACCAAUAUGCCAUUCAAAGCAGCCGGAGGGCCGCCUAGCUUGGUGGGACUGGUUGCGAGCAUCAACAAAGAGUUCGCCCAAUGGCCGGCUGUGUCUUGGGAGCAACCGGCAAGGCAGGAGAUGCUCAGCGAUCAACUUCUCGACGCAUUCAAGUCGCGUUUGGAGCUUUGGCAAAAGCAUAACGACGGCCGCUUGCCCGCGAACAUUCUCAUUUUUCGAGAUGGCGUCUCUGAGAGUCAGUUUACGCAAGUCUACCAAAGAGGACAUGUCGGCCUCGGGCAGGAAGACCUGGCGGCGACACACAUCCAGAGCCAGGCUAGCAUUGUGCAGCAGAAGCUGGCUCCCAAAUUGCAACGACGUCGACACUGUGGACGCUCAAGUGUGCACCGAGAUUCCAUGCAUCCUACCGGUCUCGUUCUGCAGACUGUCCGUAGAGGCAGAUCGAUGUACCGCUUUUCGGGACAGUGA